AUGGGCAAUCGAGGGAAAGGUCUGAGCAAGGGGAAGGGUGGGAAGAAUGGCAAGGGAAAGAAGGGCAAGAAGGGCGGCGGCGGUGGCGCCUCCAAAUGGGGAGAUGAAGGCGCCGGUCGGGAGAACGAGCAGAAGGGCCAGCCAGUCAAGAAGAAGAGACGGUUGACACAGGAGGCCCAAGACCGACAGCGACGGAUGAAGAUCAUGGAGCUCAACAGAACCAAGGACCGCGAGAAACGGCAGCGGCUGAGCCAGCCCAACACAGCAGACCCUGCCGAGGUCCUCGCCACCAAGCCCAAGAAGCGGAAGCGGAAGAAACGGCCUCGCGGCGAUGAGCCUCCCGCCGCCGCCGCCGGUCGAGACGUCUUGUACUACAGCAGUAGCGACGAUAACAACGUGGCAGGGGGCGAAGAGGAGGAGGAGGAAGAGGAGGCCAAGAGUGGGUUUGAUGCGGGGCUUGCGAGCUACAAGAAACUCUUGUCUGCGCUGGAGGCGGGCGGGAGCGGCGAAGACAAGGACCUCGCGGCAGCGGUCGUGGCAAGACGCAUGCAGCGGGAAGGGCGGGACGACAGCUACGGAAGCAGCAGCUCUUCCGGUAGCGACAGCGGGGAAGGGGAGGAGGACGGCAAAGAGGAGGAGGCGGACGACGACGAUAGCGACGAUAGCGGACAAGCGGGAGAAGACGUUGACGGAGCGGGAAACGACGAUGUCGAAGGGCGUGGGGACAACGGCCAAGAGAACCUGAACGGGGGAACGCCCAACGGGAGAUCAACCCACGAUGUUGACAUGGAGAGCGAUGUCGGUGACGACAGCGGUGAUGACGACGCGGGCGCGGGGGGGGUGGGGGGGAGGGCGGCCGGUCGCAGCCGAGACGAAUUCUGCCGGCACUUCGUCUCCACCUCUGUUUUCCCGCCGGAGAAGGCGGCGGACCUUUUCUCCAAUCGCGGGCGGCCCUCGUUCAAGCCCCUGUCCUCGAACGCGGAGCGGAGCAACUGGGACGCGGCGGGGCUCUCCGCCGCCGCCUCUCGGAAGGCAGCGACACAAGAAGAAAAAGACGGCGACGGUGUUGUUCCCCCGCCCUUGCCCAAGGGGGCCAGCGUCUCCGCCGAACUGGGGGUACUUCCCUCCUUGGAGCGGGGCUGGGAGGCGUGCAACGACGGGGCCCCGGCGUCGAAACUGCAGUCCUUGCUGCUGCCAUCUCUGUCCGGGUACAGGGAUAUGCUUUACUGCGGGUGGCGAGACGAGGAGGCGGAGGAGAUCAGGCGGUGCUACGCCCUGCACGCUCUCAACCACGCCCUCACCUCGCGGCGCAGGGUGGUCAGGCACACGGCUCGUCUGCGCAAGGCGGCCGAGGAGGCUCGGGUGGCCGAGGUGCUGGCCCGGGCAGCCCAAAAAGAAGCCAGCUCUGGCGCCGGUGAUGAUGCGGAGCGAAACAGCAACGGCGGUGCCACAGGGGGCCAGCACCAGUCUCGAAAAAAGAGGGGCGGUGGUAAGGAAUCAGUGACACCGGCCGUUGGUAGCAAGAGCGAGUCGUCCUCAAUUGGCAAUGGUACUGUUUCCGAGGGGGCGGCAGCGGCGGCGGUAAGCAGCAAGAAAGCUACGGUAGACUCGGAGUCGGACGACUGGCAACGGGACCAGGGCUUCACCCGCCCCAAGGUCCUUAUCCUCCUGCCCUUCCGAGGCCUCGCACACGAGGUGGUGGAAAUGAUGAUCGAUUUGUUGGGCCCCAAGACGGUGACGGUCAACAAGGGCCGCUUCGACGAGGAGUACGGGCCCGACGACCACAACGAUGAAGAGGCCGGCAUCGAGGGGGCGGAAGCAGACGGCACCAAGCGAGAAAACGCCAGGGCGGAGCGCGCCAAGGCCGUCCUUGAGCGCAAGCCCGGAGACUGGAAGGCUCUGCUAGGGGAGGGCCGCAACGUCGACGACAUGUUCACCCUCGGCAUCUCCUUGUCGCCGGGGGGCGGCAAGGGCAAGCCCGGGGAGGGGAGAGGGGUGGGCGUGCGCCUCUACUGCGACUUCUACAACAGCGACAUUAUCAUCGCCUCUCCGGUGGCGCUGCACCGUGCAUCCGUGCCGGGAGACGGUGGUGAGGGAGACGGCAGCGGUGGUGUUGACUCGGACUUCUUGUCGAGCGUAGAGGUGUGCAUCCUGGACAGGGCGGACGUGUUUCUGAUGCAGAACUGGUCCUACGUGCCGGACAUCGCGGAGGUUCUCAACUCGAGGCCGACCGGGGAGCGGGCGUCGCGCGCGGACUUCUCCAGGGUGCGGCCGCUGUUCUUGCACGAACAGGGCAGGCUCUUCCGGCAGACCCUUGUCUUCAGCGCCUUCCAGGACCCCAACCUGAACGCGUUUGCAUCGAGGCAUCUAAGGAAUCACGACGGCGUCGUCAAGAUCUCAAGACCCAGCGGUGAAGGGCACAUCUGCGAGGUGGCUCUCCAAGCCAAGCAGGUGUUCCAGCGAGUGCCGUGCGAGUCUCUCGUCACCCAGGACGACUCGCGCUUCGAGUACUUCGUGGGCACGGUGCUACCGCAGGUGCUGAGGGCCAAGCAAUCCCACACGGCGGUGUUCAUCCCGUCCUACUUCGACUACGUGCGGGUGCGGAACCACCUCAUGAAGAACAAGGCCAGCGUGGUGAACGUUCACGAGUACUCGAGAGGCUCGGAGGUGGCACGAUCUCGAGCGAGGUUUUUCCGAGGGGACCGCGACCUGCUCCUCUACACCGGACGCGCUCACUUCUUCAACCGGUACUGUAUCCGUGGCAUCCACCACCUGAUCUUCUACUCCCUGCCGGAAUAUCCUCAGUUCUAUCCCGAGAUGGUCAACCUGCUCGAGGAAGCGGAGAGCGUGACAGCGGUUACAUGUCUCUCGCUCUUCACAAGGUUCGAGCGGCUAAGCCUCGAGCGCAUCGUAGGCGAGGAGCGUGCGGGACACAUGCUUGCCUCCGCCAAGAACACCUUCCUCUUCUGCUAACGCUGACGCUAACGCUGAGGAUGAAGUGUGAUCUGCCAAGUCUUAUGGGACCUUCAUGCCGCUUGCAGCAGCGUUUGCCGUUUGUUGGGUAUCAGCUUUUUUUCAUCAUCGGCGCCUUGAGUUUCGCGUGAUGUGACCGACAAGCCCGCGGGUCUUUGCUUUCAGAUGGCUCGGCAUUGUUAAAUACUUCCAAGCAGCCGUGUUGCUUGCUUUCGAACAGCAGCUUUAGCAGUGUUGACCCGCUACAGUACGUAUUUCGGACAAGGGUUAAACGUUAAUCAUGUGCCUUGGUGAUUCUGAGUGCAUCUAACGACUACGGCAUGCACGACUAUGAGUACACCCCCCCCCC